AGAUCUAUGACUUAACCGAAGAAGGAAGAUAAUAUCACUACUACAUUUUCUUUAUCAAGUUUUACAAUUUAGUAUUUAUUUAUAAUGCCCCAUGUGGAUGUUUCCCUUCAGAAAAACUCUUACAGUGAACAUUGCUGAAUAUAAUAUAUAUUUAUAUUUAUUGUGAUCUUUACAUUUUAAUUAAUUGUUUAUAAUUUACAGUUUGUAUAAUUAACACUUUUGUUUAUUUGUAUAUUAUAUUAGAGUUAUAAGAAUUUAAUUAGAAUAAUGGUGACUCUUAUUACAACAGUAAAAGAGUUUGAAGAUUUUAAGUUAAGCGGCCAAUUGUCUGUUGUUCACUUUUAUGCUGAUUGGUCAAUACCAUGCCAGCAUAUGAAUGGGAUCCUUGAUGAUUUAGCUGUUGAAUAUAAGAACAUUAAAUUCGGUAAAUGUUUAGCUGAAGAUUUGGCUGAAGUAUCAAUUAAAUACAAUAUUUCUGCUGUGCCAAAGUUUAUAUUUUUUUCUAAUGAUGCUCAAGUAGAUUCAUUGGAUGGCGCUGAUGCUAUUCAGUUAAAUAAAAAAAUUCAAUCCUUGAUUUCAAAAGCUGAAAAGAAAGAAGAAAUUGAAGACAUAUCAUUAAGACUUAAAUCACUAAUAAGAUCUGCACCAGUUAUGCUAUUUAUGAAAGGAUCAAAGUCACAGCCAAAAUGCAAGUUUAGUACAGCUAUUGUUAACCUUUUAAAUGAAGUGGGAGUAGAUUUUAAAACAUUUGAUAUUCUUGAAGAUAACAUUGUUCGUGAGAAAUUAAAAACAUUUUCAAAUUGGCCAACUUAUCCACAGCUCUAUAUAAAAGGUGAACUCAUUGGAGGACUAGAUAUAGUUAAAGAAUUGAAAGAAACUGGUGAACUUAAUAAUUUAUUAAACUUAAAUAAUACUGAAAAUGAAUUAAAUGAAAGACUAAAGCUGCUUAUCAACAAAGCUAAUGUAAUGGUUUUCAUGAAAGGUAAUAAACAAAUGGCUCGUUGUGGAUUUAGUAAUCAAUUACUUCAAAUUUUAAAUGAAACUGGGGUUGAUUAUGAAACAUUUGAUAUAUUGUCAGAUGAAGAAAUACGACAAAGUCUCAAAGUAUACUCUGACUGGCCUACUUAUCCACAAGUUUAUGUAAAAGGAUCAUUAAUUGGUGGACUUGACAUAGUAAAAGAACUUGAAGAAGCUGGUGAACUAAUUGCAACUUUAAAGGGAGAAAUGUGAUAAAAAAAAAAUGAUAAAAUUUCUGUAGUUUAUUUAAUUUUUUAAUGUCAUUUUAUCUAGCAUUAUCUAAAUAAUAUUUACGGGAGGAGGUUUUUUGUGACUUAUUAAAAAAUAUGCAUAUACUAAAAAAGUCAAAAA